GACGGUGGUUGGAGAGUAGUUUGCAGGAUUGGUGUGCAGCGUGCCAGGGGCGGGGUGAGGAGGACAGGUGGAUCCCUGCGCUCGCUGUCUCUUUAAGGUUCGUCUCGUGCCGCGCGCUGUCUCUGCGCACUGAGCUCCUGCGCGUCGCGUCGCGUCUUAAUUAGCGCGCGGAGCUCGAGCAGAGCAGGUGCAUCACGCAUCUUAAUCGGACCACGUUCAUGCACGCAGCUGAAAUGCACCAGAAAGUCAGUUUCUGGAGGUUCGUCAUCGUCACCAACGUGUGUCUUCAUCUAGCUCCGUCAUAGUUAGAAUACUGAUCUCUCUCUCUCUCUCUGUGUGUGUGUGUGUGUGUGUGUGUGUCUGCGCGCGGCUGCUGAACCCGCAAGAGUACCGUUCAAGUAAGAUGCGCUUUUCUCUAAAUGCGACAGGUUCGCCUGGUUUUCUUUGUUCCAUGCGCACUUCAUAACUAUGGGACUUGGCGUUGUCAGUGACUGUCCACGCGCUUAUUUUGUCAACACCACGCACAUAUCACUCUGUUGCUGUAAAACCGCACCGGACACGCGGGACAAUGGCGUUGCGGGUCAGAAAGAGCUUCCUGCUGUUUUUCAUUCAGAUCUGCCUAUGCACAGGCUCUCGGUUGCGUCUGGAGGACAGUCCGCCUCGGAUCGUGGAGGACCCGUCUGAUCUGAUCGUGUCUAAAGGUGAACCAGCCACGCUGAACUGCAAAGCUGAGGGACGGCCUACACCGAAUGUGGAGUGGUACAAAGAUGGAGAACAUGUAGAGACAGAUAAAGAUGACCCGCGUUCACACCGCAUGCUGCUGCCCAGCGGCUCGCUCUUCUUCCUACGCAUUGUGCACGGCCGCCGCAGCAAGCCAGACGAAGGCGUCUACACCUGUGUGGCCCGUAACUACCUCGGGGAGGCAGUGAGUCGCAAUGCCUCAUUGGAGGUGGCCACCCUGAGAGAUGAUUUCCGCCAGGCCCCGAGUGAUGUGGUGGUUGCUGCCGGUGAACCUGCUGUGCUGGAGUGCAUCCCACCACGCGGUCAUCCAGAGCCCAGCAUCUCCUGGAAGAGGAACAACGUCCGAGUGAGCGACAAAGACACCAGAAUCUCUAUGCGCGGUGGCAAGCUGAUGAUCUCACACACCCGGAAGAGUGAUGCAGGCAUGUACGUGUGCGUAGGCUCCAACAUGGUGGGAGAGAGGGACAGCGAUCCGGCUGAGCUGGUGGUUUUCGAGAGACCGGUGUUCAUCCGUAGGCCAGUGAAUCAAAUAGUGCUGGCAGAUGAAACAGUGGACUUCCUGUGCGAGGUCCAUGGAGAUCCAGCUCCCACCAUCCGUUGGAGGCGUGAAGGGGGAGAGCUGCCUCGAGCCAGAUUUGAGAUCCGCGGUGACAACACUCUCCGUCUGGUGAAGGUGCGAGAGGAGGACGAGGGGACUUAUACGUGUGUGACGGAAAACAGCGUGGGGAGAACAGAGGCCUCGGCGACGCUGCAGGUCCACGUCCCCCCACAGAUUGUCCUCCAGCCCCAGGACCAGGUCUCAGCCCAAGGACAGACUGUAACUUUCCGCUGUGGCACAAAAGGCAACCCUCCUCCAGCAGUUUUUUGGCAGAAAGAAGGGAAUCAGAUGCUGCUAUUCCCAGGGCAGCCUCCUUCUCCGGCUGGACGUUACUCCGUGUCCAUGAGCGGUGAGCUAAUCAUCACAGCAGUCCACAGUGAAGAUUCUGGGUACUACAUGUGCCAAGCCAUCAGCGUGGCAGGCAGUACUGUCUCCAAAGCCUUCCUGAAGGUAGUCACUGGGCCCUCAGACCUCGUUCCCCCAAUCAUCCACCAAGGCCCGGGUAACCAGACGCUGACACGGGGCUCCAGUGCCGAGCUCCAGUGCCAUGUAAUGGGCAUCCCACCUCCCAGCAUCAGAUGGGAGAAGGACGGGCAGAGACUCACUGCAGAUGGCGUUCACAUCAGUCUGAUUGAAAAUGCCACUUUACACAUCAGCAGCCUGCAGGAGACCGACUCAGGGAUGUACGCGUGUGUAGCCUCCAGUUCCACAGGAGAGACGAGGUGGAGUGGCAGCAUCACCGUGAGAGAUACAGAGACCUCGUCCCUGGUCCGGCUCUCACAGACCCUGCAGCUGCCUGGUCCCCCACUGAAGCCCGCUGUGACAGAUGUAAGCCAGAGCAGUGUCACGCUGACGUGGCAGCCCAACCAGCAUGAAGGAGGCGCUGCUGUCACCUCCUACAUUAUCGAGGCUUUUAGUCAGUCAGUGGGAAGCACAUGGCAGACUGUUGCAGAUCAGGUGAAGCAGGAGAAACACACAGUGUCUGGUCUCUUCCCCAACACUGUGUACCUUUUCAUUGUGCGUGCAGUGAAUUCGUACGGUCUGAGUGACCCAAGCCCCAUCUCAGAGCCUGUCCGAACGCAAGAUGGCAGUCCCAACAGUUCGCCAAUCGAUCACAGGCGUGUGCAGGCGGAUUUAGCAGAGGUCACGGUGUAUCUGCAUCCUCCAGAGAUCCUGACUCCCACCAGCAUACAGAUCUCAUGGACUGUUGAGCGUGAGCCUUACUACAUUCAGGGUUACAGGCUGCUGUACAGGCCGUCGGGCAGCGCCUGGCUGGUUCAGGACAUAAAGGCAGCAUCCAAACACACAGCAGUGUUAUCAGAGCUGCACAGAGGCACAGAGUACGAGCUCAAAUUGAGGCCUUACUUCAAAGAGUACCAGGGCUCUGACAGUGAGCUAGUAGUGUUUCACACCCCAGAGGAGGUGCUAAGUGGCCCCCCUCAGGCUGUCAGUGUGGUCCAGUUGGAUAACAGCUCGACAGUGCGAGUGUCCUGGGAGCCUCCUUUAGCUGAUAUCCAGGAUGAGCCAAUUUUGGAGUACAGGGUGUGGUGUGUAGGGAAUGUGUCUGGACUUCAGAUGCAGUUAAACCAAAGUGUGACCGGGGAAGUCCUCCACGUACUGGUGGAUGACCUGGUUCCCGAGAUGCUGUACAGCGUGCAGGUGGUUGCAGUGACCAGCACCGGACCUGGAGAACCCAGCGAGCCAGUAUUUAUUUUCAUCACCCCUGUGGGAGAGCCCUCAUUGCCUGUGCUGAAUGAUGACAGCAGUAGUCUUUCGGAGCACAUCUCAGCACUGUUCAGACAACCAGCUUUUAUUGCCACUCUGGGUUCAGCCUGCUGGAUGGUGCUGAUGGGCUUCAGUGCCUGGAUCUACUGCAGACACAAGAGAAGCAAAGAGCUCGGCCACUAUGCCACCUCUUUUGCCUACACACCUGCAGUUGGCCUCUCCAAUGGUGACCGAGCAGGACUUAGCAAUGGAAGGCCAUGCUUGCUUGGGUCCAACAUGGUUAACUAUCCCUGGCUGGCAGAUUCUUGGCCGAACAACAACCUCAACCAGAGCAGUAAAGACUCCAUGAAUUGCUGCACUGGCAAACAGAACUCCAACGACAGAUAUUACAACACUACAGGGACAAGCUUCCUGAGGCCGAACCAAACAUACAGCCCAACAUCCAACGAAGGUGCCAUCUAUAGCACUAUCGACAGAGCUGACGAGUCACAGCAUGACCUGAGUAGUGUUUACUCUCAUGACCUGUACAUCAGCUCACCAUUCCUGUCCAAACCUGACCUCGACCAGUGGAGCUUACAGUCUGACCUCAGUACAGCAGAAUAUGCCCAACUCCAGUACCCAAGGACGGACACUGCUAAUGUGGAAAUGCAGAAGCCUUGUGAGUCAGCGACGUAUAACUGGUCCAAUGUUCUGUCCCUGCCGCCACCACAUACCCGAGAACAGAGACAGCAGCCCAGGUGCGAGGAUGAUGAAGACUGGUGUGCUCCUUUGCCGGAGAGGACUUAUCGACUGGAGGGUUUGGAGAACGCAGCAACGUUGCCUCUGAGAGGAGAGCGCUGUGGGCGAGCUACCACCUACAGCCCGCAAUUCACAGCCACCCUAAAUCCAUCUCCCAAUGAGGAACGAAUGCCAGUUAAUCCAUGUUUACAGCAUCCUGACUUACUGCUACGCAGUAAGGGGCCAUGCACACCAAAUUCCAAAUCAACUCAGCCCAACCCAAACCUACUCACUAACCUGGAAUUACAGAACUGCAGCCUGCCCCGUCUGCCAGGCCACUGGAGAGACAUCUCCCAAGUGGAGAGGUCUCAGCAUUUAAAAGGUGAGAUUGCUUUAUUUGUGCAUGAGAAAUCAAUUCCAUCCCCCACUGAGCAGCCACGGUCCAAAAAGACAUCAUCCAGAGAUGGACCCCGGAGAAGAGAAACCUUAAAAACAGGAGAUCUGCCCCCUCCGCCUGAACCCCCUCCCGCAGAAGGCUCUCAGGUGGACCUGGCAGCCAUGUCGAAGGCCAGAACACAGCCACCUAGCCGAGAAUGGAGGGCAGAUCAGAGAACACAGAGCCAGUGGAGCACAGAAGAUGAGGAGCUUAUCCAUUACAGUGUGAAUAUGCAGUCCAGGAAUCACAUGUCCAGUCAGUGUUCUCCUCCUGCAACUUCCAGCUCUUGCUCUCAUCCCUCCACAGCUUCCCACACCAGGAGGAAAAAAGAGAACAUGAUGUGAGUGGAAGAUGAUGAUGAGUUUCGUCAUCAGUGUACCUGCUGUUCCAUGUGAUCCAACAAACUUUUAUUGCAAAUGAUGUCCAGUAGAACACAAGAGCCAUACAUGUGUAUGUGAUUCCCAUCCACCUCCUUAAGCUGUUUGUUUGUUUGGUUAUUUAAUUUUUUUAUUAUUUAUUUAUUUAUUUAUUUUUGUACGAUUCCUUGCUAAGUUGAACCCCUGCUUUUAUGCAUAUAAUAUUUUUGACUAUGCUUUGCGUGAGUGAAAAACAAAUGAUGAUUUUUGUCAGACGUAAUGUCUCUGAAUGUAUUUUUUUUUCUAUUUACCUUGAUACCUCGAUAUUUAAAUUUAAUUCCAUGCUGUUUAUGUUGUGUAAUACUAGAGUCUCUGCGUCUAAACCCAUAGCAGUUUUAUGGUAGAAUAGUACAGCUAUUUACGAUCCAGCAUCAUCGCUUCAAAUUCGUCCACACUGCAAAACUGUCAUCUGCUCCAGAGAGAUGAGUCUUGCCUGCUGAGCUGCGCUGCUGACAUACAAAUAAAGAAACCGUACAAGCUAAAGUGCUAAUGUUAUAAACAAUGAAUGGAAGUUAGCAGGGCAUGUUAAUAUGAUACAGAUGAGAGGACCAUGUUGAACACAUUAGCAUUAAAAUCAUUUGUCCUCUGUUUGGAUUGUGCAAGAAAACACAAUAAAGCAAAUGUUGAAAUACAUUUUUUUAAAUAAUAAAAUUAUGGAGUUUGUCUGGAAGCUUUAUUUUAUUACCUGCUUGGAAUGAUUGAACUAUGACAGAUAAACUACUCUGAGCUCUAUUUCCAUUCCAGUGCAGUGUAAUGUGCUAGUAAACACCAGAUUAUUUUUUUUUGUUUGGGCACAAGCCAGUUUAGCAUUUAUAACCUUUUCCUAGUAUGGUCCUUUGCUGAAUUGGUAAAGUGGUGCAAAAUGGGGGUGUAACAUUCAAAAUCUGUCAACACAGUGGGAUUUCUAAACCUAUUUUUGGCCAAAAUAUAUUUUCCUGACUUAAAGCGUUGGAGUUACAGUGUAGGUCUUUUCCCAUCUUUAAAAAGACCAUUUUGUGGAUGUUUAGUACUGGCCUGUAUCACCCAGUUCAGCUUAAAAAAACAGUUCAUCCGAAUCCUAUCUGAAAACACCAGAAUUCAUUACUACAAUAUACAUAAUUCUUAAUUAUAAGAACAAAUGUCUCAGUUCUGGCUAUGAAAGGUUAGUUUUAUAGCAAGAGCAUUUACAAAGCUUCUGUAAGCCUAAAGAUUUUACCUGUGUGAAAAAAAAAAAGCAGGAUGGGGUUACGUUUAGGGUUCAUGUCUCUCUAAAUCCAUUUAAGAAUAAAAUUACUCCAAAACAACCCAAACAAAAACAGUUUAUUUACAGAAAGUAUUAAUAGGACAUGCAGUCUGAUGUACAUUUUACAGUUUCAUUGUAUUACAGUGCCCUCCACUAAUAUUGGCACCCUCAGUAAAUAUGAGCAAAGAAGGUUGUGAAAAAUUGUCUUUAUUGUUUAAGCUUUUGAUCUUUUGUUAAAAAAAAUCACAAAAAUAUUCUGCUCUCAUGGAAACCAAACAAUUGCAAACACAACACAGGUUUAAAAAAACAACAACAACAAAAACAAUUACUGGCACUCCUAUAGUAAGUAUAUUCCCAUUGACAUUUACAAAUUUUUUUAGUACAGCUAGGUGACUAGGAAAAGGAAAUUGUUCUACCAUGACUUCCUGCUUCAGGGGGGUAUAAAUAUAAGGUAACACAUAGACCAAAUUCUCUUACUCAUUCAUAACAAUGGGGAAGACCAAGGAAUAUAGCUGUGAUGUGCAGCAAAAGGUUGUUGAGCUUCACAAAAUGGGAAGUGUCUAUAAGAAAAUAGCACAAGCAUUGAAAAUGCCCAUUUCCACCAUCAGGGCAAUAAUUAAGAAGUUCCAGUCAACUGGAAAUGUUAUGAAUCAAUCUGGAAUUGGCCGUGUGUCUAUAUUGUCUAAAUGCACUGUGAAGAGGAUGGUUCAAGUGUCCAAAAAAUCUCCAAGGGCCACAGCUGGCGAAUUGCAGAAGUUAGUUAUGUCUUGGGGUCAGAAAGUGUCCAAAACUACAAUCUGAAGUCACCUAUGUCACCACAGGUUGUUUGGAAGUGUUUCAAGAAAAAAGCCUCUACUCUCAUCCAAAAUCAAACGCAAGCAUCUUCAGUUUGCCCGACAAAACUAUUGAAUACAGCUCAGAUACUGUUUUUACCUGAAAGCCUUGACAAUCUAUCUUUAAAAUUAUAUUUUAUAAUGUUCAGAGAGGGAAAUCUGCAUGCACGAUGUCAGUAUGCAACCAAAGUUCUGUUAUUCUAUAC